CCGGAAGAUAUGAAGUGACGCAACUGGCUAGCAAGGCAGCUAAAACGGUGGCUGUUAUAACUCCAGGAGGCAACAGCUUUAUUUAAACUUUAUUUUUAAUAAUAUGAACACGGACACAUAACGAAGCGUCCCGUUCGCUCCCACGAUGCUGUGUUUGGGCGUAAAUGCCGUGAGGUCGUCGGUGUCUUUACAGAAGCUGUGCGUCCUCUCCCUCUCACACUCUGGACUCCAUCGGUUCUGUCGUUGUCCUCAGCAGUUAUUGAGGAUUCGCCUUCACAGUGGAAACAUUCGCUGCCUGUCAUCCGGACCAGAACCUCCUCCCCUGACACUGACCGACUCCUCUGACUGUCCCGACACACAGCAGAGAUCAUCUGAUUGGUCUCCUGAUCAGGGUCCUCCUCCUGCCCCCACCCACUGCUGCAUGAGCGGCUGCCACAACUGCGUCUGGAUCGAACACGCCGAGCAGCUGCUAGCGUAUUAUCACGACGGAGGAGACCGAGCACUCGCCGCCAUUGAGGAGAACGUCCUGGACGAGAACCUUAAGACCUACCUAAAGAUGGAGAUCAGACUCUUAAAGAAGACGUGACGCAUCACUGCUGACAGGAACCACUGUUUGAGUGUUUUUAUGUCAGAAACCAGAAGCACUUUAGAACAAACUCCAUUCAUCAGUUCCAGAUUUUCACUCCCUCCUCCUCUGAGUCUUCAGAAAACGCAAACUACCAACUAGCAACUUAUUAUUGCAGCUCUCAGUUACAGUAAUACUGCAGCCCAUUACACCCAUCAGCUACAACAUUACAACCAGUAGUGAAGAACAUUGAUCAUAUUGGUACCAGGUGGUGUUCUGCUGGAAAACCUUGGAUUCUGGCAUCCAUGUCGAUGAGACUUAGACACCCAAAUGAACCUCAUCCCAGAACAAACGCACUCCUUCAUGCAAAUGGAAAUCCUAAAUGUCACCUAAAUGCACCCCACCACAUCCCACAACAAUCAGGAACAACUUGAGGACCAUGACGAUCACCCAAGAUGUUGAUUUGACCUCCAAACUUCAAGCAUUAACAGGAUGCAGUGGAGAAGCUUGAUUCCCAGAGCACCCAAAGGACCCAACGUCCUGGUUCCAGACCCUAUAGGACGCCUUCAGAGCUCCUCUGGUUCAGGCCAACACAGUAUUAUUCGGGUGGUCCUGAGUUAUAGUUGUGUCUGAUUGAUGGGAGUAACUGCUAAAGUUCAUGAUGUUCCUACAAAGUCAAGCAAAUAGUCUCUCGUGAUUGUUAUUGGUAGGAACGAGGCCAAAAACUACAGAACUGGGUUGUUUAAAAGUGCUGUUUUACAUUUUAGAAACUCCUGAAUUGUCACAAUCAGUUUUAGUCUGCAAGUGGUGAAGAAUAAAAAAAAAAGAAAAUCUGCAUCAUUCAUUUCUCUGUUCGUCAUGCAGCACGUUUGCACAGUUUUUUAUCAUUAGUUUGAAGUAUUUGUACAUUUUAAUGUGUGAUUAUUUUUCUUCUGUGUAUUUAAGAGUAGAUUUAAAUUAUGUUUUGCUUAAAUAAAUGUUAUUUCUAUUGAGUUAAAACAA